AUGAAUCCUUUGACGGUGUUCCCAGUACCUCUGCCUGUCCUUCUCAGCCGCCUGCGCGGUCUCAUGCUGGGCUGUAGGGAGCUUGGCGAUUGCAUUUUGGAUCUCCUCCCGCCGCGCGUACUCCUUGACGCGCUGCGGAUAGGUGAAGCGGUCUGGGGAGUUGACUUUUGCAUUUUGCGAGGAGAAGGACGUACUGUCAGUGAAGAAGUCGUCUGCGAGUUUGCCAAGUUCCUCGCUGCCCUCGGCAACCCGAAAGAUGCCAAAAAUGUCCGAAUGCUCCCAAUCGACGGCCGUGUCGGCGUCAACGAAGCUGGAUUCGUGCUCGCCGCCGAAGAUAUCGUGGGACUUGAUGUAGUCGAUGCUCAAAAUGGCGUUGACGCUCAGUCCCUCCAGAACAUGCCAUUCGUAAUUGACCGGGUAGUCGUCCUCCCGCAAGGCCCAAGACGCCGUGGCUGUCCCGAGUGUUGUGGCUUCAGAUCCGUCCGCGAACCUGACCUUGAUCCUUCGCGUCGGGUCGAUAUCGAGACCGCGGUCUGCCGCAAAGGAAGCAGCCAUAGCCAUGAUGGUAGAACCCGUAUCCGGAACCGCUACGCACGGCAAGCCGCCAACGAAUCCCGCCAGACGUGCCUUGUCCUCGUUCUCGAAGGCACUGUGGCCGUCUAA